UGAAGUUCGACUGCGCAAGAUUCGCCUGACCAGAAUCCGAUCUUGAAUCUUCACCAACUUAUUUAGAUCCUAGCCUCGCCCUGUCAGUCGAGACAUUCAACUCCUCCCACGCUCUUAUAUCUAAUCUUCAUCCUCAGAUUCUACUUUCACACCCUCGCGUUGUUAUCUACACCUUGCCUAACCACCGCUCUAGCCUAUCCCCUGCAUGCUCACUCAGUUUCAACACCCUCGCAAAUGCCCGACAUGGCUCGCUAUGAUCCUUUUGCUCCCACCUAUGAUCAUCCUCUAGUCAACUCAAGCCCUGAUUUCGGCUCUCGCUCAACUCCCUUCAGAACUCGUACCAUUGGCGAUCUCACCGCUGUUGCUCCUCACACUUCCUUUCGAGAACGCAAUAAACGCCUGAAGAGUUUGGACGAAGAGAAGAAUCAACUUAUCGAGGAUCUUUUGCUCCAUCUCGAGUCAACUCAAAGUCAACUCGAUCGACUUCAACUUGAGUACAAUCGAGAAAUUAAUUUCACUCAGACCGCAAGACAAGAACAUGCCUCCAUGCGUGAACAGCUGGAUGUUGUCAAGUCGAUUAUGGAUCGAAAUCCCUUUAUUUCCGUAUUAAUAGACGGUGACGCCACCAUCUUCCACAAAGAUUUGAUCUCGAAAGGCGAAAAAGGCGGUAAAGAGGCAGCAGACGCUAUCCACAGUGCUAUCAAUUAUUUUUGCAGUCAAUACCUCCCACAUCUCGAUGCCCCUAAGGUUUUCGUGCGGAUAUACGCAAAUUUGAAGUCACUUGCGGAAAACCUCUCGAGACUGAAAAUCAUCGCACAUCCUUCCCAUCUCGACGAUUUCAUCCGCGCCUUUAAUACAUCGCAAUCUACCUUCGACUUGGUUGAUGCAGGCACCCGGCCUGAAUCAACAAAAGAAAAACUUGUGGAACAAUUCAAGACGAGUCUCUAUGACUGUCACUGUCACCAAAUUGUCCUCGGCGUCGAUGGUUCAUAUGCCCCAAUGUUGGGAGAAACCCUGAAAGAUCCUGCAGUCAUCAACCACAUCACCCUACUCGAGACUCAGCCAUUUGACAAAAACUUCGACAGUUUGAAGAACGAGCUCAAGGUCACUCGCAUUGAUGGAAUCUUUAUGACUACCAAAUUGGCUCUUUCUCCAAUUUCGUCCAAGGGGCCUCUUCAAGCAGUGACCGCCACCUUGCCAACUCUCACACGCGUCGAGUCAAAUGGCACAGCAGGGACCGCCUCUUCCGCGAGCACACCGGCCAUCACUUGGGCGUCCAUGACAGCGCAGGCUCUCAAUGCCUCAGCACCUCCCUCAAAAGCGAGCACCACUAGAACCUCGACCCCGAAUUCGCUAAGAAGCCCCGAGCCAACUGCGGCCAAACCUGUCACAAAGAUAAUUGAGCGGAACAGAGCCGGCCAGAGAAUUGACAAAGUCGACACGACUAUCCCCAACCAUGAAAUCCAACGCAUCAAAAAGCUGAAGCUCUGCAAUAUCUUCUACCUUCAAGGAGCUUCCUACUGCACAACUAAUAAUUGUUCGCAUUCACACAGCUAUCCUCUGUCAAAGGGCGAGCGCAAUGUUCUUCGCGAGGUCGCUCGAAUGACUCCUUGUUACUACAAAAUGGACUGUUCAGAUCCCGAAUGCAUUUACGGCCAUCGCUGUCCACAAAACAAGCCUGAUGACGGAGGUUGCUGGUAUGGACCAGACUGUCGCUUCUAUGGUUGGGGCCAUGGCAUUGACACGAGAGUUGUAAAGACCACUAGAGUCUAAUCGAGGAUGCCUGCCUACUUGACUCGCUGUCGAGGACCUGCAGCAUUCAUGAAACUUGUUCCGUUGCUCUUGUGGAAAGGAUGGUAGGAUGGAUAAUGGGAUGAUGUCGGUGAACAUCAGGGAAUGGCCCAUGGCUACUUUUUUCUCGCAAUCCAACCCAAGAGAUACCCAGUGCUUGAUGGAUUUAUGAAUAUUAGCUGGGCGUUUUAAUCAGGACGGGGAUCUGUGUCAGACAGGACGUGCAUCCACUCUUUUAAUGUUGUAACUUGUUGCCCAGGAGUAGCGAGUUUGCUACUUCGUCAUUAGAAUUCCGCGAAAAUAUCCGACCUCGUGUUAAUAAACC